AUGGAACAUCCAGGUCAAGUCAUUACAAUUAAAGAUGUGGCAGGGAUUUUCAGUGUGGCUUACAAUAAGGUUGCCACAAUAAAAAAUGCUGUUCAAGGUUUUAAAGCAACUGGUUUAGUCCCACUAAAUUCUCAAAUUUUUGAUGUUUCUGACUAUGACCCUUCAAUGACAACAGAUAAACCAUUAAAAGUGUCAAAGGAUCUUAAUAGAGAAAACCCCUCUCCUGAAAAUGAUAUGUCAAUACAAACUACAGCUACUACUGAAUUAAACCCAAGUGAUACUAAUGCUUCUUUAGUACUUGUCAACUCUGAAGUUAUAGCAGGACCAUCUAAAAAAAGUUCACUUGCUACCCUCGAACCUACACCUGGACCUUCUAAAACAUUAUUUGGCUUGCCUCAACUCCCUGUUGCUAUUCCCACGACAAAAAAACCAAGAAAGAAAUUGCCGUCAUUGUAUAUAACUAGUACUGCUGUUAGGGAUGCCUUGGAAAGUAAAGAAGCUGAGAAAAAAAUUAAAGGGGAGAAGAAAAAAGAAAAGCUGAAAAAGCUAGAAGAAAUGCUAAUAAACCGAAAAAGAUGGCCACACAAAAGAAAAAACAGCAGAAACAUGUUAGACAAAUAA